GUGGAUACUUGCUACAGCAGUAGCGCCAAGCCCUUUCUGCAUGUCACAUCGCCGAGGAAAAAACACCCCAACCACUAAUGCGCACGGCGGCGUGCAACGAACGGUGGCCGUGGCGCUGGUUGUGGGAAGACGCGGCUGCAAGACAGGCAAACACCGCGUUGUUGUUUGUUGCGUAAAGAACAUUAGUCUACGUGCUUCGCCGGGCGGUGGGGGGGUCCGGUCUCGACCUUCCUUUGUUGCAGGAGAGGAAACGAGCAGCAGCAGCUCCAACGAGAGAGCGAGGGGUACAUACCGAAAACUUAAGCUAAAUGGAACGACGACCAAAGCUUCUGAUCUCACCAGCUGGAGCUUGGAGCGUCUCUUGGUGAGGAAGUUCUUCCUCACCAACGCGCCGAACUGACGGCAGAAGUCGCCACACGCCAUCUUGCCAGGGAUCAGGAUCGCUGAAAUAUGGCACGCAGCUUUGGUAACCGAAGUGCUUGUUGUUGGUUGGCGAAGCAGGAGUGUGGUUAUGUGCGUGUGCGUGUCAAUCCCAGCAAGGGGGGAGCCAGCAGCGCAGAGCUAGGUGGCCGCAAGGAGGUGCCUAGCUAAUGGCGUGUGUGUUGCACGAGUGUCUGCCAGCCGGUGUGGUGUGGGACGGGGUUGGUGUGUUGGUUUGGUGUGUGUGCGGUCUGAGGGAGGGAGGAGCCUGUGGAUAUUUCUGAGUCGUGGUGGCAG